AGCUCGACAAUCUCUUCUAAAUUUGCUGUCCCCAUACACCCCACCUCAAUUCUUCCAAUCUUCCAAACAACUUAUCAAAAUGCCUUCCGGUAGUUGCAUGUGCGGCAAUGUCAGCUACGAAGUAGCAGGAGACAGCGUGGCCAAUGUUCUCUGCCACUGCUACGAUUGUCGCAAAAUCUCAGGAACCACCUACUCGAGCAACUCCCUCUAUUCCUCGGAUGGCUUGAAGAUCACCAAGGGAACUCCCAAGCAGCACAAGAAGGUCGCCGAUAGCGGUAAUGAGAUCGUUUCCAACUUCUGCGGCGACUGUGGUUCGACCAUGUGGCGCACGACUGCUACGUUCCCUGGCAAGCUUAUUGUCAAGGCUGGAACCUUGGACGACACUAGCAUCAUCGACAACUGGACCGUACACAAGGAGUUGUUUGCCUCGAAUAGACCAAAGUGGAUUGGUGCCCAGGAGGGAGCCGCUCAGGCUUAGAUGUCUUGUGUCGCUUCGUGGUGCGGCUCGGGAGUGGAUGUGCGGUGGUUGGGAGAGGAUAUAGGUAGGCUGUCAUUUUAGUAAUGCAGUACUCGAUGUGGUCUACUCCGAAUCCGACGUGUCUGGCUCUUU